AUGCCAAAUUAUUCAAGCUUCUAUGCAAAUGAUUUAAUUCAUCGUCUUAUGUCUCUGUUGAAUGAGCCACUUGACAAUGCUCAAGAAUCUAAAAAUAUGUUUUAUAGAAGUUCAAUGCAAUCUGCAUUCUAUCAAGUUCUUUGUGAAAUAAAGAAUAAAACAGCACUUAACACUGGACAACUAUCAAAUAUAGAUGAUCAACCAUCUGAACAAUUGAUCCGUGUUAAUAAUAUGCUUGUUGCCGAAGGAAUAUCUGAACGACAUGCAUCAACUCAGUCAUCUUUAACGAACAAUUCGGAUCAAAACAAUAUGUUGGAUUAUUCGGAUUAUCAAAUAAAAUUAGAUCGAAUACGUCAAAUUUAUAAUGUAGAAUUAGAAAAAUAUGAAAAUCAUUGUAAUGAUUUUUGCUCACAUGUGAAAACACUUAUAUGGGAACAAUCAAAAAUAAGACCAAUUAGUGAACAAGAACUUAAUAGUAUGAAUAGAAUUAUAAGAAAAAAAUGUUCUACUAUACCAUUUCAACUUAAACAGAAUACAUGUGAAGCUGUUAUGAUUUUGCGUUCAAGAUCUCUUGAUGCAAGAAGAAAACGACGAAAUUUUAGCAAAUUAGCUAUUGAAACACUUACUGGAUAUUUUCAUUCACACUUAUCAAAUCCAUAUCCAUCUGAAGAAGCAAAAGAAGAACUAGCACGUCAAUGUGGAAUAUCCGUAGCACAAGUUAACAGUUGGUUUGUUAAACUCAUUUCACAAACUGUGUGGCACAAUCAUAAUAUUCUACUCUACAACUACUAA